CAGCCGAAAUGACAAGAGAACUGACAGCAGUGGAGGUGUACACAGCAAAGGAGCUGGUGGCAUCUGAUUGAGAGGAACAGGACUCCCUUCCUGCCUACGACAGAGUAGGAGGGCCUCUUUAAUAGCACUUAGCAACGCCCCUGCUUUGACCCUCCUCAUCUGCGAGGAAAAUCAAAUCAAUACAUCUUUCUUCAAAUCACGAUGCUUUCACAGCAGCAGUACCAAGAACAGCCAAACACUGCAGCAGCCUUCUCCAUCUCUUCUUAAAUAGGAUCAAAAUUAUCUCGCUUCGAUGCUCUCCGCAUUUCCAGACCUGGAUCAGUGCUGAAGAGACCUUCGCCUGCAUCACUGAUAGGAUCUUCCAAAGUUGUCCUAGAUGGCCAACAGAGGACCAAGCUAUGGCUUAAGUCGAGAGGUCCAGGAGAAAAUUGAGCAGAAAUAUGAUCCAGAACUGGAGGGUCGGCUGGUGGACUGGAUUAUUAUACAGUGUGGUGAAAAUACAGAACGUCCUUCUCCUGGAAGACAAUAUUUUCAGAAAUGGCUAAUGGAUGGAACACUGCUCUGCAAGUUAAUAAACAGUUUACAUCCCAAGGGAAAAGAACCUAUCCCAAAGGUCACCGAGUCAAAGAUGGCUUUCAAGCAAAUGGAGCAAAUUUCUCACUUCUUGAAAGCAGCUGAAAUCUAUGGGGUACGAACGACAGAUAUUUUCCAGACAGUGGAUUUAUGGGAAGGAAAAGAUAUGGCUGCUGUACAAAGAACCUUAAUGGCUUUAGGCAGUGAAGCUGUAACAAGGGAUGAUGGAUGCUACAAAGGGGAUCCUUCCUGGUUCCAUAAAAAAGCACAGAGGAAUCGGCGAGGAUUUUCAGAAGAGCAGCUUCGUCAAGGACAGAAUGUCAUCGGCCUCCAAAUGGGGAGUAAUAAAGGGGCAUCCCAGUCUGGAAUGACAGGAUAUGGCAUGCCAAGACAGAUCAUAUAAGUCACUCCACCUUCAAAUAUACACUCACACACUUUAGAGCAUGGCCUGACUGAGGAAAGAAAAGUAUAACUACUUUAACACUCAUGCUAAAAUCUGCUUCUAAGUUUUUCCCUCGUAAGAUUUUUGGAUCUAAAUAUAUAUAUUUUUUUCCAGCUGCAACCUUUCAACUUAAAAUGUGGAUUGAUGUGCUUGUUGUGUGCCAGUUCACGCAGCACACUAGUGCCACAUGAUGUUCAUUUCUGAACUAUGCAAAGACUAUUUUUCUGUAUUUAUUUGGAAUUUGUUACCUUCUGUACUUGUGUCUCAUUGAACUUGCUCUUGCACUUCAGUGAUCUUGUUCUCAACUAUACUUAUGAAAUACUCCUGUCCGCUAAAACAAAUAAAUUUGGGGGCUAAGGUCAGCAAAGGUUUACUCUAUAAAGAGAAAAACACAAA